GAACUCUUGGAGUGGUUACUGAAGUUACGAUAAAGAUUCGCCCGGUCCCUGAAUACCAGAAGUAUGGCUCUGUGGUCUUCCCCAACUUUGAACGAGGGGUGGCCUGCUUAAGGGAAGUGGCAAAGCAGAGAUGUGCUCCUGCAUCAAUUCGACUUGUCGACAAUGCACAGUUUCAGUUUGGUCAUGCUCUUAAACCACAAGUUGCUUCCAUUUUUACAUCAUUUUUGGAUGGACUGAAAAAAUUCUACAUCACAAAGUUUAAAGGAUUUGAUCCCAACAUACUGUGUGUAGCUACGUUGCUCUUUGAGGGUGACAGAGAGAAGGUUCUUCAGCAUGAAAAACAAGUCUAUGAUAUUGCCACCAAGUUUGGUGGCUUGGCAGCAGGAGAAGAUAAUGGACAGAGAGGAUACAUGCUGACAUUUGUCAUUGCUUACCUUCGGGACCUGGGCCUGGAUUACUAUGUAAUAGGAGAAUCAUUUGAGACAUCUGUUCCUUGGGAUAGGGUUUUGGACCUUUGUAGGAAUGUAAAGGAAAGGAUAGUAAGAGAAUGCAAAGAAAAGGGUGUUCAGUUUGCCCCUCUUUCCACCUGCAGGGUGACACAGACUUAUGAUGCAGGUGCAUGUGUCUACUUCUACUUUGCCUUUAACUACAGAGGAAUUAGUGAUCCUAUUCAUGUCUAUGAACAAAUUGAGAGGGCUGCUAGAGAAGAAAUACUUGCCAAUGGAGGAAGUCUGUCACAUCACCAUGGAGUAGGCAAAUUGCGGAAGUGCUGGAUGAAGGAGAGCAUCUCUGAUGUUGGCCUGGGAAUGCUGAGAUCUGUUAAAGAAUAUGUGGACCCCAAUAACAUCUUUGGAAACAAAAAUCUUUUAUAAAGCCCUGCACAACAUGAUGUACUAAAACUUCUUCAAAAUUACUGUUGAAAUUCCUCCACUUUCAUUGUAUUGAUAUCCCAGUAAUCAAAUAUAACAUAGACUAAACUUUAAAAACUAGUAACUUUGAUUUUUUUUUGCCACCCCUUCCCCCCCUCCCCCAAUAAAGUGUAAACAUCACUCUUAAUGUUUAUGGAUUUUUACUUACAAUGCUCUUAACCCACUGGGCACAAAGUGUAUUACCAACCAGGAAAUGCAAAUUUGGUUUUCCAAGUUUGGUUAGGCAACACAGCUGACAGUAUUUUCAAUGCUGGAUGCUGCCAGAUGUUUCUUACUAAAGCAUCCCCUGCAAGGAGAACAGAGACUGACAACAGUGUGUUCUACAGAAGCAGCUGCUCAGCCCAGCCUUGUGCUAAAGGAAGGCUGCUAGGAGACAGAUGAGAGAACA